CGGCGUCAGUGGCAAUCAGCUGUUGGUGUUAUUUAAUGUGUUCGCCAUAUAGUAGCGUAUCGUGUUUAGGCCAAUUCUUUUUUAUUUUAAUAAAAUAUUAAAUUAAACCUGGUAAAAUGUCGAUGCUAAGAUCUUCAGCAACAUUACUGAAUCUAAGCCGAGCUUUAAUUCCAAGGCAAAACUUGAUUUCCAGCCGACCAAUUAAACGAUGGGUUGCUCCCACAUUGCGUGAACUAAACAGAAGAGCAAAGAAAAUUGGACCCCAACAGCCACAGCCAAGAUCUGGAUUUGUUGAGUGGAACUACAGGGCAGAACUGUUUGCCUUUGGAAAGCGUCUGCAAGAGGAGUUCCAGUUGCCUUUGUUACAAACUGCAUUCACCCAGCAAUCUUACAUUGCCCAGGAAGAAAUGAAACAGAAGGAACUGGGAAUUGAAAAUGUCGAUAUAAAAAUGUCCCAUAACCAAGAGCUAUCGGAACGUGGUGAACACAUUAUUAAAGAAUAUGUAGAUGCUUUUAUUGGUUUCUCCCUACCAAAAGUACCUGCUGAGGGCAAGCAAGCAAUAGCAUCAUACUUGAUGAGAAAUGAGAUAUUGGCUGAUGUAGCUUUCCACUUGGGUAUGCAAGAGUUACUUUUAGAUGCUGAAUAUCCACCAUCUGUGAGUUCCAUGUCCAGGUCUCUUAAGGCUGUUGUGGGCGCAUUAGAACAAUCAUCUGGCAUGGAAAGGGCAUUUUUAUUUGUUAGAGAUUUUGUGUGUACCCAACUAAAUCAAAAGGAUAUGCUGGAUCUAUGGAGCAUAGAAAAUCCAGAAGAUUUGUUGAAACAACAAUGUGAGCAAAGGAAAUUGCCAGCUCCUGAGCCACGCCUCUUGGGGGAUUGUGGUAAAAAUACUGUAUUGGCUGCUUAUCACGUGGGUUUGUACUGCAAUAAAAACCUAAUUGGCAAGGGUUUUGGCGAAGAUAUACAAACAGCGGUGAAAACUGCAUCCCUGGAUGCCCUGCAAACAAUGUUUGGCAUUCACGAUAAUAUGAAACCUUUCGAUUUUAAAAUACAAGUUCAAAGUAAAACUGCGAAAAUUAAUCAAUAAAUUGUUGUUGUUUAGAAAUUUAAAAA